AAAAAUUUUUUCUACCGAUCUCUUUUGGUUAGGAUGGCCGAAAAAGUAAAAAAAAAGAUUCUUUUGAAUCCAACAAUUAUAUCAAAAAUUCAUAAUAGACUUAGCAAAUUGCAGAAUUAUAUUUUGAAUACAAAAAUUAAAGUAUUUUAUAGCAGCGUAAUUUACAUUGUUAUACUAUUGACAUUUUUAUACUUACUGUCGUCAAUAAUUUUAUUUUAUAAUAGAGAAUGUGCAGAGAAAAAAGAUUUCCAACAGUUACAUGAUACUAAACCGAUUUACUGGAUUUUUUCUAAAAGUAAAGAUGAAAGUCAUUUGAAACACGUUAUCAUGAUUUUAGAAAGAUUAGGAUUUCGCAGAGGAGAUAAUAACUCUCAUUGGGAUUUAUUAUGGGCUCAUGAUUAUCCUUUUAAAAUACUUGCUAAUAGUCUCAAAUAUCUUCGUGAAUACCAAAAAGUUAAUCAUAUUCCAGGCUGUGGAUUCAUUACCAACAAAGUAGAUCUCUCGACAACUAAUAUUCAAUACCUCCCUGCUUCAUUCAGAAUACCUCAAGAUGAAAAAAAUUUUUAUGAUUACAUUGGUAAAAACCCUUAUAAGUUAUUCGUCGAAAAAUCUAAUUUUCAUCGAGGCAUAAGCAUAAAAAAUGUAGAAAACAUAAAAUUUAAUAAUAACGAAAAUUUUAUACAAGAAUUUAUUGAAAGGCCUUACCUUAUAGAUGGCUAUAAAUUCGAUGUUGGAAUUUAUACCGUUAUUACUUCUAUUGACCCUUUAAGAGUUUAUGUUUACAAAGGAGAUGUAUUGUUUAGAUUUUGUUCACAUAAAUACUAUCCAUUUAACCCUGAUGAUUUAGACAAGUAUAUUGUAGGUGACGAUUACUUGCCUAUUUGGAAUGUAUCGUCUUUAAAACAAUAUUAUGUAGAUAUGGGUUUCUCAAUGAAAGACACAUUCGAUGCAUAUGUAAGAUCACGAAAUGAAGAUCCUAAUAAAGUCUGGGACAGUGCUUAUCAAGCGAUCAAAUUAGUCGCUUCCAAAAAAGAGAAACAAAUCGCUGAUACUAUAAGACAUUUAAAUAACACUAUGAAUUUCUUUGAACUCGUUAGAUUUGAUUUUAUCAUUGAUGAAGAUCUUAAUGUGUUCUUAAUGGAAGCUAACAUGUCACCUAAUUUAUCUUCAGCUCAUUAUCCUGAAAAUCGUUUACUAUAUGAGCAAGUUCUUUUUAAUCUGUUUGCUUUAAUCGGUAUUGGUCAACGUAUUGAUCCAGCUUUUAGACGACAAAGCUCUUGGAGAGAUCGAGCAGUAGAAGUUUCUGAUAAAAAUUUGGUCGUUUUUCCUGAAAUUUGUUCUACGUGUACAGACUGUAUCCGUUUCGAAUGUCAACUAUGUAAAUUUUGUUUUACUGAUGAACUAAGACUAAUUCUGAUCCAAAGUUAUGUUGAGCAUCAAAAUAAAAUGGAUUAUAAAAGAAUUUUUCCACCAAAUAAUAUGCAAGUUAUGCAAUUAAAUAAUUAUACUUUGAAAAAUCAGUUAUUGAUGAAGUGGUAUCAAGGAAAAUGUGCAGUAGAUCCGUCAUGGUGCGAAUAA